AUGUCGACGGUGACGCAUCCCAACGUGGCAAUUUCUGCGCCCGGCAAGGUGCUCCUGGCGGGCGGCUACCUCGUUCUGGACCGCAAGUACACGGGCUUGGUGUUUGGCCUCGAUGCGCGGAUCAACGUCAUCGCCAGUCAGGUGCACCCGCGCGCUGGCGUGCAGCUCAACGAGAUUGCGGUGGACAGCCCGCAGUUCCUGGCGGCGCACUGGCGGUACGGCUACCACCUCGCGCCCGAAGGCGGCGGCAUCAAGGUGACGCAAUUGCAAGUGGGCGACCAACUGCAGGCGAACCCGUUUGUCGAGACGACGCUGAGCUACGCCCUGACAUACGUCCACACGGUAGCCGGCGACGGCCACGCCCCCAGCUCCAGCCGGCUCAUCAUCCUCGCCGACAACGCCUACUACUCGCAGCCCCCGGCCGCCGGCGAUACGCACGGCCGCUUCGCCAAGUUUGACGUGACGCUCAAGGACGCGCACAAGACUGGGCUCGGUUCCUCGGCCGCGCUCGUCACAGCGCUGACGGCCGCCCUUCUCACGCACUACUUGCCCGCUACGGGGGCGGAGGCACGCGGUUUCGACGUGGCCUCGGACGCGGGCCGGCGGACACUGCACAAUCUGGCGCAAGCCGCGCACUGUGCCGCGCAGGGCAAGGUCGGGUCCGGGUUUGACGUCGCUGCCGCCGUGUACGGCUCUUGCACUUACCGCCGGUUCUCUCCCAACAUCCUGCAGGGCAUACCGGAGGCGGGCGCGCCGGGCUUUGCGGCGCGGCUCGUCGAGGUCGUCGAUGGCGCGGCGUGGGACGUCGAGGUGGCGAGCGGCGGAGGCGGAGGCGGAGGCGGAGGCAUGCCGCCGGGCGUGGCGCUGCGCAUGUGCGACGUCGACUGCGGCAGCCAGACGGUCAGCAUGGUGAAAAAGGUGCUGGCGUGGAAGGCGCAGGACGCGAAGCGGUCCGCGCAGCUGUGGGAUGCGCUGCAGGAGCGCAACGAGGCGUUGACGGAGAGCCUGCGCCGCGGCGGCGGGCUAGCGGAUCUGCCGCAGCGGAUUGAGGGCGUCCGCGAACUGGUUCGCGAGAUGGGACAGCAGAGCGACGUGCCCAUUGAACCGGAGACGCAGACGCAGCUGCUGGAUGCGGUGUCGCGUGUGGAGGGUGUCUACGGCGGCGUGGUCCCCGGCGCGGGCGGGUUUGACGCGGCCGCGCUGCUGAUGAAGGACGACGAGGCGACGAAGCAAAGAGUAGACGAGUUUCUGGCGCAAUGGAGCAGGGAAAAGGGCGCCAAGGUGAAGCUGCUCAACGUCAAGGGUGAGAUGGAGGGGGUGCGGAGGGAAAAGCUGGAUGUGUACGAUGGAUGGCUGUCGUGA